CUUUCCGCAAACAAACUUUCAUGUCAUGUGUGAGGUGCACAUGCGAAACUCAAGGACCCCACAUCUCGUCCCUUCAUGAGCUCCCGAGUUUACUUUUUUUGCUGCUUUCUGUCCAUUGCUUGACUCCCUGCCAUGAAAGACCUCUGAUAGUUCUUUCCCCGUUUCCCGAUUUUUCAGUACCCCUAUCUCAGUAUUACCCAGCACGUCCAUACAACUCGGGUCCCCGUUCACCAUGGAUGCACACUCACCGCCAAAGAGAAUGACCCGGGCGCGAGCUGCAGCAGCGACGUCCGAGUCAGCUGCAAAAUCCACCCGCGCUGUCACCACGACCGCCAAAGCCAGGACCACCCGCAGCAGCAGCACAAACGACGUUGCAAGAACAGCAAUCAAGAGAAAGAGCCCUGCUGACGAAGACGAGGAAGACCGCGAGCUGGCUCCGGCCAAGAAGAUGCCGACGGGUGACGCGAAACCUACUCGCGGCCGCGGCCGACCGAAAAAGGUGGCUUUCGAGCAGGCCCCAGCCGAGCCAGCACCAGAACCAGCACCUGCGACUACAGUUCGGACCCGCGGCAGGCCCAAGAAAACAGUGGACCCCGUUGCAGAUGAACCCGUCAGCUCGAAAAGGACGACUCGCAACAAGAAGUCAGAGCGAGCGGCUGGGGAAGAGAUGGGCCCUGCCGCCGAACCCAUCAAAAACUCGACCCGCGGCCGGCCGGCCAUCUCAACAAGCGCGACAAAAACUGAGACGCAGUCCCUGUCCAAGCCAGCCAUCAAGAAGACGGUCAAAUUUGAGGAGCCCGAGAAGGAGAAUAUGGUGCCUGCGACCAAGACUGCCCCAACCACAGGUACCGCCGCCGGGCUGCGCGGAAAGCCGGUUCGCAAGGCUGCCAGCGCUACGGCCGCUCGGUCGUCUCGCAGCACCAGAGCAGCGGCUAGCACUGCCGAGCCAACCGAGAAAGAAGAAAAGCCAGCACCUCUGAGCCCUAAAAAGGUCAACCAGCUGGUCUUGAACUUGCGUGUCGAGUCCGACGACGAGCUCGGCAUGGACGAGAAAGUCCCUGUGAAGCGUCUCAAAAAACUUCCCAUCAAGCCCGCCUUGGGAGCCACAAAGCCACCGUCACGGGCCAAAACCGCUGCUCCUUGUGUGGAGAACGAUGAGAAUGCGGCUUCAGUUGCCCGUCCCGAAACAGAAGCCGGUAAUAUGCUUGCCUCCCCCGCUAAGCGCCUGCCGCCCUCUCCCUGGAAGGGCAGCAUCAAAAAAUCCCCCGCGAGACGGGUUGAAGGCUUGCUCACCACCACUGCCCUUCAACUAGACAGCCAGGACACUGGAGCACCGACGAAGACGGGACUUUUGCUGUCCCCUGCGAAGAGACAGCCGCUCAAUCUGAACCCGCCUGGAGCGGACGGAAUUAACGGGACUGGUGCUUCUCCCGUCAAGCUGUCGCUUCUGUCAUCCCCGGCGAAGCGACCAAUUUCCCCUGCCAAGCCCCUCUCCAAGACGAUCGGGGAGAAGGAGCGCAUGAAUCAGAGCCCGGCCGCAGAACCUACUCUGCUCGCUACCCCGCUCGCUCCGGGGGUGUCGGGAAUCUUUGAAGAAAGGCGCUCGGAGGAAAACGCACUCGAUCGCCAGCCUAUUGGCGACAUUGUGCCGGAGUCGCCCAAGGGCCUUGGUUUCCCGGGUCGACUGUCAGCUGUGUUGCCGAGGCAUGCAGACCCUACAUUGACACCUCCGAUGCUGGCACUACCGGAGGAAGCAGCCCAGCAUGAAGUUCAAGACGGCGCAGUUGAGCAAGUCGCGGAGCAAAGCGCGAACGUCAUGAGUUCGGGAGAACCCAUGGCGCUGGAUCGAGAACAAACUGAGGGCCCGGCUGCUCAGUCUGCCAGCACAACUCCACCUUCAUCCCCUCCGAAGGCUCCCAACCCGAUGUUCGAGUUGCGUGAGCAGGUUCUCAAUCCCUACGACAACGGGCUCGACUUGGAAUCGGAUGAUGAGUCACCUGCUGGGCAAAACAGGUUCACGUCGGCCUUCACAGCCUUGCCCACCACACCCUGUGCGGCCCAUACGAUAUCCCCCAACGACGUAACACGGUCUGCUGGCGGAAGCGCGGCCAUCAGAUUUCAGUCGGAUUCCAAAUUCGGGUUCACACCUCUUGCUCAGCAGCUUUCGAGGUGGACAGCCGCUCCCAGUCCCAUAAAGGCGGAAAUACCGUCUGCGCCUGUGAGCGGUCGCGAGACCGAAGCCAGUUCGACGCUUAUGGAGCCGGCACAGAGCACCUUCUUCGAGGAUGAAAUGCACGCCCGCCCGGAAGCCACAGAGCUUGACGAGGAAGCGAGCACAGAUCUAGAGGACGACGGGGAACCCAUCCUGGAGGAUGUGUCGUUUACAGAGGAGGAUGCUGCCCUCGCCGCGGAGGCGAACGAUAUGUCGCUGUUGGAGAGAGAGCAAAACAACGGCGACGCUCUAGACCCCGACGACUCACGCUCACAUACCAGCGAACAGUACGGCGACGAGAACGAAUUUCCCGUUGAGCCCCCUGUUAGCGUUAGCAAUGUUGCAAACGCAUUGUCAGUCCCGCCUGUCACUCCGCAGCGCAUCGUCCAUCGGGAGUUCUACACUGUCACCAAAGUCCCGCUCAAAGCCGCCGACAACUCGACACCUCAACCUCAAGUCGAAAAGCGCAGCUACAGUGCUUCGCGGCUUCCCCCCGUGAGACCUACCGAGCGAUUAACCAGGGAUGCUGCCAUUAUUGCGUGCUCGCCCAGCAAGAGAGGAGAUGGCAAUCCCUUUGAGGAACCAUCGAAACAAGAGGCCGAAUCUCUGCUCCCAGUGACACCAGAGAAGUCGGACGUUUGGUCAACGAUCGGCACCCCCGCGCGGACGCCCCGCCGAGAUGUCAACCCAGCGCUUCUCCGCGGCGCUGUAGUGUUCGUUGAUGUCCAUACCAGCGAGGGUGCUGAUGCCAGCGGUCUCUUUGUCGAGCUGUUGACCCAGAUGGGCGCACGUUGCGUCAAGUCCUGGUCAUGGAACCCAAACAACUCGUCGGAGCAAGGAGGGGACCCAAGGGUUGGGAUCACCCAUGUGGUGUACAAAGAUGGAGGAAAGCGCACCUUAGAGAAGGUCCGGGCGAGCAGAGGGUUGGUGCAGUGUGUGGGUGUGAGCUGGGUUUUGGACUGCGAGCGCGAGAAUGAGUGGCUCGACGAGGGCCCCUACAGCGUUGAUACUACCGUUAUGCCUCGCGGCGGUGCCCGCCGGCGCAAGAGCAUGGAGCCGCGCGCCAUCGCCAACCUCGACGGCAUACUCGUUCCGUCCUCCGCGGGCAAUAGCUCUCGGGGCAGCCGCACCGCUCCCAGCACACCGGCCAACAAUCGCCGUGCGAGCGCCCUCUGGAUCCGCAGCCCCGAGGUAUGCUUAGACGACAACGAGAAUAACGAUAUCGCUGAGGAUAAUGACGAGCAUGGCGGUGCCAAAUGGGCCGCCCCGCUGACUCCGGUCCCCAAGACCCCCGCGCCGGAAACUAUCGCCCGCAUCGCGGCCAACCUCAGCCCCGGCUCAACGUCACCCUCCAGCGUGGGCAGCGUCGACAGUGAGGACCCGCUCGCGCGUAAUGACGAUAGCCGCCGCCAUCAGGAGAUGCUCACGCGCACUUGCCCACCCAAGCGCACCGCCUUUGUCGAGUUGGGAGAGGGCAUCCUGAGCAGGGAGAAGGACGAGCGGGUCCUCAUGCGGCUGAUGGCUGCUCGCCGGAAGAGCUUGCAGUUUGCGCCGAAAGUGGGAAGCCCGCUGGCUAAGAGUUGGAAAGCAUCGAAUUAAACGCACCUCUUGUUGUCUGGUUUUCGCCAUUGAGUGGCCAGCGAGGCGAGGCUGUCCUGCCUGUUGCCGAUUACCGAGGCAGGCAUUUGAAUAGAAGAGUCCGUACCAGAAGGGAGGGGGGUUUGUCAUUCGUUUUCGGGCCGGGCAACUCACUGCAUGCGGUUAGGGUUUGGAUGGGCUGGUGGUGAUUGGCGUUUUUGGCGUGUUC